GUCUAAUACACUCACUCCCUCUCGCAGUCUCGCACCCUCUCUGUGGCGCAACCUUCCGAUUUGAGGAACACCGUCGGCCCGUCGUGAUCAUCUACGUCAGCCUCGCUCUCAUCCCGCCGCUUCAGAACACUGCCGGCUGCUUUGAACUCCCCGCCGCCGCUGCUGCGUCGAGCCUACCUUCCCAGUCCAUCGAUCACCCCCAAAAACCCUAGCCUACGCUUUGCAAGAGACAGAGAGAAAACACAUAGGAGGGUUUUACUCUUCCGCCUCAAUUCACUCUUCCAGGAUACAAGUAUACACUCCAGUUUGACACUUUGGUGAACCGUUCUUUGUUCCUCCAGACCUACACGCAUAAUGGCACCUACUAAUUCCCCUUCUGCCAUAGAAAGAGAGCAGAUAUUUGGGAUGGCAGAGAAAGAGAUGGAGUACAGGGUGGAAUUGUUUAACAAGCUUACCCAUACAUGUUUCAAAAAGUGCAUUGAGAACAAGUAUAAGGAAUCUGAGUUGAACAUGGGUGAAAAUAGUUGCAUUGACCGCUGUGUUUCCAAAUACUGGCAGGUGACUAAUCUAGUUGGACAGCUUCUUGGUAGUGGUCGUCCUCCUAUGUAAGAGUUUGCUUCAACAUCUCUCCAUGGAUGAUAGGAAGAAGAAAAUAAGUAUAACUGCGUUUCCCCCCAUCUAUUUUGGCAUUUAGCAAACACUAUAAUUUGUAUUGACUUGAGAAAACCUCUUGCUAUUCUUUUAUGCCUCCAAGUUUACUGACAGCAAGAUGCAACUUAUAACGGUUUAUCAAUCACCGAAUUAGUAAAAUGAGCUUUUGUCAAAGUGGUUGAGUAGAAUAAGUGAUUGAUUUUGUAGACCAAAACAGAAAUACAUAUAACUAUUGACUAAAGUAGUGAAGCAAAUGGAUUUCUUUGGUUUCUCAUGAAGAAAGUAAAUUGUAUUGUUGAAAAA